GAGUUACUGAACCCGGCUUGUGACCCGGACUAUUCUCUGCCUGCUCCUCUGGUACCUCGCUGCCCGCACAUUGCUGAAUCUGGCCUGCCUGACGCUGACGCUACCCAGACGAUCCAUCCAUCCAUUCCGCACGGAUCUGUCCCUGUUACCAGGCUCCUUUCCCCGCACACCUCUGACGACGCUCUUUACCAUUGCCAGACGUACUCAGGGGUCGCGACCUGGUCUCAGUCUGCUCCAAGUCCAUCCCCACCAUCAGGGGCCCUGGUGAAUAAGCAGAUUGGGACCUAGACCCCGCGCCCUG